AUGUCGAACCAGCAUCCGAGUCUUGGUCAGUCAGAUCUGAAGAAAAUGGGUAACCACACUGGCCACACUCUCCCAACUGCUGGGAAAGAUGAUUUCAUGUAUAGUAAUCGUGCCCUGGGCACGAUUACACUCCAGAAGUCUUCAAUGGUUCCUGCUACUGUUCCAGAAAAGAGGAGCCAGCUCCUCCAACCAGAGAUCAUCAAACAUGUUAAUAUAACCAAAAAUGCAGUUGCAAAGAGGACAUCUAUACCGCUGAUAAUCAGUAGUGGUCGACAUGUCAAGACAGGUCAGUUGGCAGCUAUUAAAGUCAUGGAUGUUACUGAGCUGCUGCAGUCUGUUCUGAAUGUCCUUACAGAUGAAAAGAAGUCUUUGAUAGUUUUCUGUCAAGGUCCAAAGGAUGCUGAAUCAGGGCAGCAUCUAGCCGUUAAUGGGCAACUAUGGAUCACAGCAGUAGUGAUACAGUUACUCUUUGAUGAAGAAGAAGAAAUAAAGCUGGAGAUCAACAUGCUGAAAAAAUAUUCCCAUCAUAGAAAUAUUGCAACAUACUAUGGUGCUUUUAUUAAAAAAAGUCCUCCAGGACAUGAUGACCAACUGUGGCUUGUUAUGGAGUUUUGUGGUGCCGGCUCUAUUACGGAUCUUGUGAAGAAUACAAAAGGAAAUACUUUGAAAGAGGACUGGAUAGCAUAUAUCUCCAGAGAAAUUCUCAGGGGAUUGGCACAUCUACAUGCCCAUCAUGUGAUUCAUCGAGAUAUUAAAGGACAGAAUGUAUUGUUAACAGAAAAUGCAGAAGUGAAAUUAGUGGAUUUUGGUGUUAGUGCUCAGCUGGACAGGACUGUUGGUAGAAGAAAUACUUUUAUUGGGACGCCUUAUUGGAUGGCUCCAGAAGUUAUUGCCUGCGAUGAAAAUCCAGAUGCAACAUAUGACUAUCGAAGUGACCUUUGGUCAUGUGGCAUUACAGCCAUUGAGAUGGCAGAAGGCGCUCCCCCCCUUUGUGAUAUGCAUCCAAUGAGAGCCCUGUUUCUUAUUCCCAGAAAUCCACCUCCACGGCUAAAGUCCAAGAAAUGGUCAAAGAAGUUCUUUAGUUUUAUAGAAGGCUGUUUAGUAAAAAAUUAUAUGCAGCGACCUUCUACAGAGCAGUUGUUAAAACAUCCAUUUAUACGUGAUCAACCAAAUGAACGACAAGUUAGAAUCCAGCUUAAAGAUCAUAUAGACAGAACCAGGAAGAAGAGAGGAGAGAAAGAUGAAACAGAAUAUGAAUAUAGUGGAAGUGAAGAGGAGGAGGAGGAAGUGCCUGAACAAGAAGGAGAACCAAGUUCUAUUGUUAAUGUGCCUGGAGAAUCUACCCUCAGACGUGACUUCCUGAGAUUGCAGCAGGAAAACAAGGAGCGUUCUGAGGCUCUUCGGAGGCAACAGCUGCUACAGGAACAGCAGCUCCGUGAGCAGGAGGAAUACAAGCGGCAGCUGCUGGCAGAAAGACAAAAGCGCAUUGAACAGCAGAAAGAGCAGAGGAGGAGACUAGAAGAGCAACAGAGAAGAGAGCGCGAAGUUAGAAGACAGCAAGAACGGGAACAAAGGAGGAGAGAACAGGAAGAAAAAAAACGAUUGGAGGAGCUGGAAAAAAGGCGGAAGGAAGAAGAAGAAAGGAGGAGAGCAGAGGAAGAGAAGAGAAGAGUGGAGAGAGAGCAGGAGUAUAUCAGGCGACAGCUAGAAGAGGAGCAGCGGCACCUGGAAAUUCUUCAGCAGCAGCUGCUCCAGGAGCAGGCCAUGUUACUGCAUGAUCACAGGAGGCAGCAACAACAGCAACAACAACAACAGCAACAACAGCAACAACAGCAGCUCCAGCAGCAAGAAAGGAAUAAACAAAACUAUCAUACCCCUGAGCCUAAAUCCCAUUAUGAGCCUACUGAAAGGCCUCGGGAGGUACAGUGGUCUCAUCUGGCAUCUCUCAAGAACAAUGUUCCCCCUGUCUCACGGUCCCAUUCCUUCAGUGACCCUUCUCCCAAAUUUGCACAUCACCAUCUGCGCUCUCAGGACCCAUAUCCACCUUCACGCAGUGAAGUGCUAAAUCAAAGUUCUGACUCUAAAUCUGAGGUACCUGACCCCACCCAAAAGUCUUGGGCUAGAUCAGACAGUGACGAGGUUCCUCCAAGGGUACCAGUGAGAACCACAUCCAGAUCACCUGUGCUAUCCCGCCGAGAUUCUCCACUACAAAGCACGGGGCAGCAAAAUAACCAAGCAGGUCAAAGAAACUCCACGAGCAAUAUAGAACCUCGGUUACUCUGGGAAAGAGUGGAAAAACUGGUGCCAAGACCAGGAAGUGGAAGUUCUUCUGGAUCAAGCAAUUCGAGUUCACAGCCUGGUUCCCAUCCUGGUUCCCAGAGUGGAUCUGGAGAAAGAUUCCGGAUGAGAUCAUCAUCAAAAUCUGAAGGUUCACCUUCACAACGUAAUGAAACUGCAGCCAAAAAGACUGAAGAGAAGAAAGAAGUAUUCAGACCCUGCAAACCUGCGGGAGAAGUGGAUUUAACUGCUUUAGCAAAGGAAUUGCGGGCAGUGGAAGAUGUACGACCACCUCACAAAGUGACAGAUUAUUCAUCAUCAAGUGAAGAAUCAGGAACAACAGAUGAGGAGGAGGAUGAUAUGGAGCAAGAAGGAGUUGAUGAAUCUACUUCUGGCCCUGAAGAUGCCAGAGCAGUAUCCACUUUGAACCUCAGCAAUGGAGAAACGGAAUCAGUAAAAACAAUGAUUGUGCAUGAUGAUGUGGAAAGUGAACCUGCCAUGACUCCUUCCAAGGAGGGCACUUUAAUCGUCCGACAGAGUACAGUUGACACAAAGCGUGCCAGCCAUCAUGAGAGCAAUGGCUUUGCCGGUCGCAUUCACCUCUUGCCAGAUCUCUUACAGCAAAGCCAUUCCUCCUCCACUUCCUCCACCUCCUCCUCCCCAUCCUCCAGCCAGCCGACACCCACCAUGUCCCCACAGACACCCCAGGACAAGCUAACUACUAAUGAGACUCAGUCCGCUAGUAACACACUGCAGAAACACAAAUCUUCAUCCUCCUUCACACCUUUUAUAGACCCCAGAUUACUACAGAUAUCUCCAUCUAGUGGAACUACUGUGACUUCUGUUGUGGGAUUUUCUAGUGAAGCAAUGAGAUCAGAAGCAAUGAGGCAGGAUCCAACCAGAAAAGGAUCAGUUGUUAAUGUCAAUCCUACAAAUACACGGCCACAGAGUGACACCCCAGAGAUCCGCAAAUACAAGAAGAGAUUCAAUUCUGAAAUCUUAUGUGCUGCCUUAUGGGGAGUUAAUUUAUUAGUGGGGACAGAAAGUGGCCUGAUGUUAUUGGAUAGAAGUGGCCAAGGGAAAGUUUAUCCACUAAUAAACAGAAGGAGGUUUCAGCAAAUGGAUGUACUUGAAGGUUUGAAUGUCUUGGUGACAAUAUCAGGUAAGAAAAACAAAUUGAGAGUUUAUUACCUCUCAUGGUUAAGAAACAAGAUCCUUCACAAUGAUCCUGAAGUAGAAAAAAAACAAGGAUGGACAACUGUAGGUGAUUUAGAAGGCUGUGUACACUACAAAGUUGUAAAAUAUGAAAGAAUCAAAUUUUUAGUAAUUGCUUUGAAGAGUUCUGUGGAAGUCUAUGCCUGGGCACCAAAACCAUACCACAAAUUUAUGGCAUUUAAGUCAUUUGGAGACUUGGUACAUAAGCCAUUAUUAGUGGAUCUUACUGUAGAAGAAGGCCAGAGAUUGAAGGUGAUCUAUGGUUCCUGUGCUGGUUUUCAUGCAGUUGAUGUGGAUUCAGGAUCAGUGUAUGAUAUUUAUCUUCCAACUCAUAUUCAGUGUAGUAUCCAGCCUCAUGCGAUCAUUAUUCUUCCUAACACUGAUGGAAUGGAACUGCUUGUUUGCUAUGAGGAUGAAGGAGUAUAUGUCAACACAUAUGGAAGGAUCACCAAAGAUGUGGUUCUGCAGUGGGGUGAAAUGCCUACAUCUGUGGCCUACAUUCGAUCCAAUCAGAUUAUGGGCUGGGGAGAAAAGGCUAUUGAAAUACGGUCAGUGGAAACAGGACAUUUGGAUGGUGUAUUUAUGCACAAAAGAGCACAAAGACUCAAAUUUCUAUGUGAACGUAAUGACAAGGUUUUCUUUGCCUCUGUACGGUCUGGAGGAAGCAGUCAAGUUUAUUUCAUGACUUUAGGCAGGACUUCUCUUCUCAGCUGGUAGAAGCUCUAUAGUUUGGCAAGGAAUUGCUGUCCUUUGGAGUCUUCUUGGAAUCAUUUGCAACUGGAGUACAGACCUGCCAUGAUGCACUCCAAACAUGCUAUUGCGUGUGCAAGCAUCACUGGUGUUGGGUUCUUUUCAUUUUUAAACUGAGGCUGCAGGGUGCAGCUGGUGCUUUUGGCCAUCAGGUGCUAUCUGAUUUGGGAUCCCACUAGAGAAAGAAUCAGGUCUCUCCUUUUCUUCCUUUCCCUGCUCCAGAUGUCCUAAUGAAUAAAGGAAGAGACUGACCAGGAAAACGUUUUUGGAAAGAGGCAGGCAGGAGAAGGUGCAGGAGGGUGACAUAGGUGGACUCUGUGUCACUGAAGCAGGGGACAAAUUUAAUAUAGUAAUAUUAACAAUGUAAUUUAAUUGAUGUUUCUUUUUCUUUUUUCUUUUCUUUUUUUUGGUAAUGUGACUCUGUGGAAAAAGAGAAAGAUGCAGGUUUUAAAAGUUAUUAUUUAUAAAAAUGUGAAAGGCACAGUGGUUUAGGGAAGGUGGGGUGAUUUUCUUUUUAAGUUUUGGCCUGGCCAAGAGUUCAGUCCUUCUUGUCCUGUGUGCCAAGUUUUGCCUAAAAAUCACAGUGGUUUUUUUUUUUUUUAAAAAAAACAUAACGGCAUAGUUCAUUUUUCUACAAUGACUCUUCAUUAGGCCAAAACUUGGUAAUUUCAGUGUUAGCACUGCCUCAGUUAAAGGUUUAAUUUUUGUUUAAACCUAAAAUGUGCAACAGCUUUUACUACCAGCCUUUGGGGAAAGAAAAUUCCAAACAUGUUUAUUUUUGUGCCUACCUCAUUGUUUCUAAUGCAUACAAUAAAAGAGGUGGUUUAGGUUUAUAAUUUUUUUUAGAAGAACCAGUACUAAUAUCCACUUAACUGUGAUACCAAAACUAUCAGAUUACAGAUUUGACUGUUACUUUCGUACCAGGUUUUAGGAGAUCAGAUCAUCAGUCACUUGUAAUGAUUAAAUUAGAUUAAGGAUUUAAGAGUAAUUGAGUUUUUUUAAUUUUUUAAUUUUAUUUUUAACAGUUUCAUUACCAACGGAACUUAAAGAGGUUUAGCCUAAAAUCCAGAAAGUUUUACCUUUAACAUGAGAGAUUUAGUAACACAAAAGUAACAAAAACUAGGCAAAUUCAAUACUUUUGUAAAAAAUUUGGAAUGUUUUCCUUUUCUAAAAAUGCAAUGCUCUAAAACUAUAAGAAUGUAGUUAAUUCCACUUAUUCAGUUUUUAAAAGCAACAUAUAUUUGUGUUUCAGUGUAAAAUCUAAAUUCUUGGAUCUUUUUCUUUCCCUGUCCCGUGUUUUUAAAGGGGAAAAGCUCCACAAAAUUUUGUUUUAUCCCGAAGAUUUUUGGCCUUUAUAAUAAAUCUGUCAAGACUAAUACUUUGAAAGGCUACAUGUGUUUAUUACUUGAGAAGACUUGAGUGUGUAAUUAUCUGUUGGUGAUGUAAUAAUGCACAGUGUCAUGAUACAAUAAUUAUGAUUUUUGAACUUUUAAAAAGUAUCUUUGGGGUAAUUUAGUUGACAGUUGCCUUAAGUUCACUGUUUUAAUCAGUGAAUUGGAUUCCAGUGUUUUAUGGCAUGAAAAUUAGGGACUUAUGUGUGAUUCUUCAGUUAAGAGGCUUUGACAGAUCAAGUAACAUACCAAAUGACUUGCUUUGUGUCAAACAGCACCAAUUGAAGGAGCCUAGAUCUGAGUUAGUAGUACUUAGGUCAUCAGUAAAAGUGCUGUUUCUUUUUCUUACUAACUUUCUCCCCUUUAUUAAGUUUUUUUUUUUAAGAGCUGGAAGGGUUUCUCCUUUCCUCAAAAGUAAUUUGUAUAAAUCAAAUAGGAACAGCUGAUAAUUUCUGCUUUGAUUUUUUUUAAAACAAAAUUCAUGUUUUUUUUAAUUGCUUGAGAUUUAGAUAGCACUGAAUGUGAGAUCCAAGAUUACAGGUGACUUUCACUUCCCUUCAUUCCUCUUAGCAAACAGUCAAAAAAUUAACUGUAGAUUGAAUAGUGGAAAAUGAAUGGGAUGCAGGAGAUUGAUGUUGCCACCAGCAAUAGGAUCCUCUCUGGGACUGGAACUGUAGCAUGAGAUGAUAAAGCCAAUGCCAGAGGCUCUUAGGAAAAGUUUAGAAUCACAUCUUGUGAUUUAAUUUUUGUCCUUGCCCCUCAUGCCACCAUGUUUGUAUGCAUGUGUAUGAACACACAUUCCAAUGCAUACUCAUACAUAUACACACACAGAUAUAUGUAUGCAAAUAGUUAAAAAGAAACUACUGUUCACAAAUGGAAGAAUGUUGUAAUUUUGAAGAAUUCUGCCAGAUUAAUAGGCUGGUGAAGCUCUGUGCAUCAGAAUGAAAAGAAGAUGGAAAAACAAAUCCAUGGUGGCUAAUUUUACAAGUCAAAUCAGUAUUAUGAAACCACUACAUACGAAAUGUUGAAAUCCAUUUUAAAGCAGUGCUGUUGGUAAGCAUUAAAAGUACUCUUAGUUUAGUUUAAGCUUUAAGUAAUAAUUUCUGUAUCCUAUGUCAAAGUAAUUCUAACUGUAUGAAUGCAGUGACUUUAUUUUUAUCGUAUGCACAUGUUAUGUUGGAGAAAAUGUUUACAAAAAUGGUUUUGUUACACUAACGUGCAUCACAUAUUUAUGGUUUAUUUCAAAGUGAUUUUGUGGGGGUUAGGUUUUCAUAGUGAUAGCAGUACACAUUUUUGUGUUUUUUUUAAAUAACCCCAAUAUUGCCAUCUAUGAAGAUGCUUAAACAAUAAUACAAAUGACAAAAUUGCAGUAAAAUUACUAAUUGUAGAACUGCAAAAUAGACUGGUGACAAGGAAACACCUAGCCUUUUUGCAGUGAUGUCUAAUUUUUUUGUGUAUUAUAAAUUACUGUUUCCCACCCAUUUUUUCCUUAAAUAAAGUAAAAAUGGCACCUAUGUGUAUGUGGAAAGUAUUUUGAGUAACUUUUUAUCUCAAGAGAAAGUUUUUUGAGUGAAAUUAUGUAGGAUUCUUUAAAUGAUAAACUUUGUGAAAUAUAUAUUUUGUAGGAAAAGCUAACACAAAAAGGAGUAAUACUGUAAUGGUAUGUAGAAAUGACUUUGGAAAACGGGGAAGAGCCACAGACAGCUCCCUCUCUUGCAAAGUCAUCCCCAUACCAUUGCAGAUGUGUAUCUAUUUUGAAGUACUGUAAGAUAGACUUGAUUUACCUCUCAAAACAUAGUCUAGCUAUCUUCUUUUUCCUCCCACCAAAGAUUUAACAAGGGUUAAUUACUAAGGCAUAUAUAUAUAUGGAGUGUUCAUGUGGGACAUGCAUCAUCUGUUAUUUGUAUCUCACUGCAUUUAUAUUCAAGGAUUUUGUGUGUGUCUGUGUGUGUUAUUUCAGAACAAACACUGUUUUUAUUCUUAUUCUAAACACCAUGUACUUUAAGCCUUAUGCCUUAAUACAUUUCCUACAAAUAAGUAUCACCAUAUGGGCAAACCAUAAUUUACCUAUCCUGUUUUUCCCUAUUAUUUUCAGGAAUGCACUAGAAAUAAUUAGAGACCAUGCAAAUGUGUAGAAGUGACAAAGAGAGAGAUGUUAAUAUGGGAAAACUGUAUGGACCAAAGUGUGAAUUGGUACAAAGUAAGACUGUUAGGUAAUAUACAGUGAAUAUAAAUGCUAAUGUUUCCUAAAACAAAGUGAAAUGAGAUUGGAUGACACUGUGGGGAAGUGGUAAAUAUUCUUAGGAAUAUUUUGAAAGAAGCAUGAUAUGACUCACAGUCACCAUACUGAAAAACAUUGAGUAUCUGACAAAAGAUCCAUAAGAGUUUUGCUGGGUGUCCACAAGGUUGGCUUUAUAUUAGUUACUUUCUCAGACUUAUAUCCUACUUUUUUAUAGUUGCUUAAGAAAGAACAUAUCACUCUCUAUCCUUCUAGUUUUCUUCCCAACAGGAGUCCUGUGCUUUGGCUGAGGGAGAAGGACUGGUCCAACGUUUCCUAGUAAGCUUCUAGGGCAAAGUAGACUUGAUCCUCAAUAUUCGUGAUGUGGAUCCAACAUUUUAGCCACUCCUACAUUGAUUCUGCCAGAACAUGCAUUAGCUUUCAACAUCUUUCCUAUACCAGUGUGAAAAUGCAUAUUUUCUUAUGUUUAUACAUUCAUGUUUUAUGCACAUAAACACACAUCAAAUUAUAUUUCCAUUAACUUCUAUAAAUUGUCUAAAUUUUCUUUUGUGUAAUUCUGAGUUUCUUAGUCAUGCAGUGGGCAUGAACCUGUUGUUUCUAUGUCCUACAUUAUAUUCAGCUCCUUAAACAACUGUCUCUGAGCCUUGCAUGUGUUCUCAGUCAUUUUUUGUAAUUGUAGAUGAUACUGUAUUUUUGGGAAGAAAUUGACUGUGAGAUUGUGUAAAUGUACUUUCUUAACUAUCUGAGUAACAACAAAUAGCUCAGAUGUGCUAUUCCAUUACAACACGCUAGGGUUUUGAAACUCCUGUGAAAAGUACGUGCUGUACACAGAAAUAAAUUGUUGCUUUUUUCCCUAUCA